CCCCGGGCGCUGGCCGUGCCCCCGCCCUGCCCGGCUGCCGGUGUCUCGCAGGUGACGGUGCGGGACGCGCUGAACCAGGCACUGGACGAGGAGCUGGAGCGGGAUGAGCGCGUCUUCCUGCUGGGCGAGGAGGUGGCCCAGUACGACGGCGCCUACAAGAUCUCUAGGGGUCUCUGGAAGAAGUACGGGGACAAGCGGGUGAUCGACACGCCGAUAUCCGAGAUGGGCUUCACAGGCAUCGCCGUCGGUGCUGCCAUGGCGGGGUUGAGACCGGUGUGUGAAUUCAUGACGUUCAACUUCUCCAUGCAAGCAAUCGAUCAGGUCAUAAACUCUGCUGCCAAGACCUGUUACAUGUCUGCGGGAUCGAUCUCUGUCCCCAUCGUCUUCCGGGGCCCCAACGGGGCGUCAGCUGGCGUCGCCGCUCAGCACUCGCAGUGCUUUGCAGCUUGGUACGGGCACUGCCCGGGACUGAAAGUUGUUAGUCCUUGGAGCUCAGAAGAUGCCAAAGGGCUGCUGAAAGCGUCGAUCCGGGAUGACAAUCCAGUUGUGAUGCUGGAAAAUGAAUUACUGUAUGGUGUGCCCUUUGAAAUGUCUGAACAGGCACAGUCAAAGGAUUUUGUUGUUCCAAUUGGAAAAGCUAAAAUAGAAAGGCAAGGAACUCAUGUAACGUUAGUGUCACACUCAAGACCUGUCGGACACUGUUUGGAAGCAGCCACUGUACUUGCCAAAGAAGGCGUGGAAUGUGAGGUUAUAAAUCUGCGUACCAUUCGACCAAUGGAUAUUGAAACAGUGGAAGCCAGCGUUGCAAAGACAAACCAUCUUGUAACUGUAGAAGGAGGUUGGCCACAAUUUGGAGUAGGAGCUGAAAUCUGUGCCAGGAUCAUGGAAGGAUCUGCCUUUAACUACUUGGAUGCUCCAGCUGUGCGUGUUACCGGUGCAGAUGUUCCUAUGCCUUAUGCAAAAAUUUUAGAAGAUAACUGCCUACCUCAAGUGAAGGAUAUAAUAUUUGCAGUGAAGAAAACUUUGAAUAUCUAAGUGUAAAUACAUGUUUUAAAGUCCUGCUUUAAAAAGUAUCAGUGGUGUAGGACAAGUUGUAUGCAUAACUCUGUUGUAUAGCUACAUGAACUUUUGUACAGUGGGGAAAGCACAGUGACCUCCCAGAAUAUUUAUAUGGCGUUACCCUCUGAGCCACACUUCGUAUAAGCAACAGUGUGGUAAUGUGUGUUUGUUCAACAGUACAGGUGGGUUAGUGCUAUUGUAUGUGGAGAAAUCCAAUUCUAAAUUC